AUGGAAUACUCAGAGUGGUUGGAGCAUGGCUGGAUGCCAUCAAUCAGUGGCUAUCUCGAGAGCAACGAUUACCUGUCUGACUAUUGUCCGAUUGAUGAUAAUUUGCCUGGUCUCUCGAUAUACCAGACUCAAGAGGACUGGAACCCUUUUCCUUCUCCUCCAUACCCAACUGAGGAAGACAGUCCGGAAUCCGCGUGGCUUGCAGACAACGGUCAGGGGUGGCAUGAGGUCUCAGCCUUUGCAGAUACGUGCAUUGACCGACAGCACGUCGAGAGCACUCCUUCAGGGUCGACAGGUUCUAGACCUUCAACUCAGACUUCAGCUCGACUCAGCAAAAUCCAUUUACCCUCGGCAGGAGUCAGCACGGGUGAUAUUAUUGGUCAGCCACACGAUGAGCACAAGCACGAAGAGUUAGCUGAUUUGUCAACCGGAAAAGGCCGGACAAAACGGAAAUGCUUGUCUGAGGGAACGAAGGACACAGUCCGAUCAAGAGGUGCAUCGUCACGUUCCACAGUAAAGGCCAAUCGACAACAAAGAGUGAUGGAACAGAAUCGACUUGCCGCUUCCAGAUUCCGCAAACGAAAGCGCAGCACGGCAGAUGCACUGGGAAUGGACUUGGAGAGAUUGGAGGAUCAGCAUCGAGAACUCUCUAAGCACCGCAAUGGAUUACAAGACGAGUUGUUCAAGCUCAAGAGUCAAGUCCUCGAACACGGGAGCUGCGAUUGUGCUCUAAUGCGACAGUAUAUUGACAACGAGGCGCAUAGAAUAGUUCUUGAAUCUUCUCUUUCGACAUGGACUACCAUUGAACUGCCGCCGAUUCUUCACUUGGUGCUCGAUACAGUUACAUGGAAGUCCACGUCAUGUGCAACCAACGGGGCAGCCCUACGAACAGACAAAUCCAUCUAA